GUUUCGCCCAUUUUGCCCCUGGCGGGGCGUUGGAAAACGAGACUAAACACAUAGCAAAAGAAAAAUGACGUCAUGCAAUGGCGAUUUGAUAUGCUACGGUGACGGGUGGGUCAGCAUCGUGAAGCAUGUUGGCAUAUCCUUGUAGUUAACGCAGUUAACGUUGAUCAUCCACACGGCCCGGGAUGUUCUACGCGGAGGACGCGCCCUGGAUUGGGAGUGGUGGCCCGCAAUUUGCGGCGUGCAGUGCGAACAGCGAGAGCUUCGGCAUUUAGGCGCCGUCUACGUCGUUUGGAGGAGUCGGCGAGACAGAGAUGACCGGCGGCCAUGGCAAGUGAGGAAUCCAUCGCCAGCUCCCUGAGCCACACGCUACUCUCGCCAGUCCUAGUCCAUUCCAAGCCGUCCUCGUCGUGCGCCCAGCGCCACCAGCGGCAUCCCAGCCUGGACCUGCUCGGCCAUGCCGUGCCGGGGAUGGCUCACCCGGUCACGCCGCCGCCUUCCGCCACCACGACGCACCAGCGCCACCUGCACCGGCACCAGCGCAAUCUGAGCCUGGACUCUGCCAUGCGGGCGCUCAAUCCGUCCUCGCACUCCGCGGGGGGCGACACGGCGGACCGGCGGAGCCUGGCGUCUGAUGACAGCGGCAUCUUCAACUCUGACGAUGGCGAUCGGACCGCCCGGGUGAUCGCGGACGUGGUGGCGCUGCCAGCCAUUCCGCCGUGUCAGUUGACCCUGCGGCCGCCCGUGCCCGGGGUCAUUGACGAGGUCCACUCGCCCGCGUCGCCGCAACGGGUGGGUCCAGAGUUUCCUUUCCAGGAGCUGCUUUCGACAUCCGAGGAACAGAGGUCUGCUCCGAAGCAGUCGCUGUUGCUGCGGUUGUUUGAGUCCACGCUGUUCGACAUGCCCCUGGCCAUAGACUACCUGUUCCGUUCAAAAGAUUCUGGGGUGCUUGCAUACAUCGGAAACAGGAUGUUCAGCUUCAGCGACGCCGACGUGGACUUUUAUCUCCCACAAAUCGUCAGCAUGUAUGUGCAUCACAGCGACAUUGCCGACUCUCUGCGCCCCUACCUAGUCCAAAGGUGCAGCAAAGACACUGACUUCUCCCUGCAACUUGUCUGGCUGCUCUCCGCCUUCUGCUCGGACCCCAACGCGCCGCCCAGGAAGCGCUCCCAGGGGGUUCAGCUCAAACACCUAAUACUCUCGGAGGACCUCAGGCCACGUGUUUCCGUCCAGCAGUCCGGCUCAUUUUUGGCGGUCUCGACGAAAAAGACGCACCAGCGGUCGCUCUCUGAUGCCACAGGGAUGGGGGGCGGUGGCCGCCACAUGCCGGACGGGAGCCGCAAGACGGCGCUGGGCGACCUGGGCUCCGGCCACGCCUUCGACAACGGCUGCACGUGCCACGACAGCUGCGAUGGCAUUGUCAGCGACCUCCGGGGAUUCAGCAGGAAAGAGUGCCACUGCCAGGCUCCUCGUCUGACCUCCCAGAACCAGUUCAUAAAAGUGCUCAUCUCCCUGGGCCUUAGGCUACAAGCCGUGCCUACAAAAGAGCUCAAAACCCAGCGGCUUCAGGCAGAGCUGUCGAUGGUGAACCUGAACCUUCCGGCGCGGGUGUGGCUGCCCCUCCACUCGGACAGCUUCCCCCACCUGGUUGUCAGGGUGCCGCCCCAGGCAGCCGUGGUGCUCAACUCCAAGGACAAGGCCCCGUACCUGAUCUAUGUGGAGGUGGUGGCAGUGGAAGACAUCCAGACGUCCCCCGUGCCGGCCAAGAUCCUAAAUCCCCUGCGGCUGACGAGGUCCGAGGAGAACCUGCCGGACUACUUUGGGGUGCAGCCAGUCUUCUCCAUGUGCGGCAUGGACGACGACGCAGAGUGCUGGACCCAGGAGGACGACGAGAUCUCCGCGCAGUUUCUGCGGAAUCAGAAAGCGCAGGAGCGGGACACUCUGUCGGUGCUGUCCCUGGACAGCGGAACGAGCGCAGACAGCAAGGAGCCCCUCUUUGUCGUCGCCAGUGACGUGCGACGCCGCCUCUCGGAGAACUCGCACGUGCCCAAGACGACCGUCAAGCGCGAUCCCGAUGACCCUUCUGCGGCAGCUCUGAAGGAGCCCUGGGAAGAGAAGGUGCAGCGCAUCCGAGAAGCGUCCCCUUACAGCCACCUGCCUGGCUGGCAGCUGAGAGCAGCCAUUGUCAAGUGUGGGGACGACCUUAGGCAGGAGCUCAUGGCAUACCAGCUGCUCAAACUGCUACAGAACAUCUGGCAGCAGGAGCGAGUGAAUCUGUGGCUGCGCCCGUACCGCAUCCUGGUGACCUCUGCGGACAGCGGCCUGGUGGAGCCGAUCCUCAACACCAUGUCCCUGCACCAGGUGAAGAAGCACUCCCAGCUGUCCCUGCUCGAGUACUUCAUUCAGGAGUUUGGGGCCCCCACCAGCGAGGGCUUCUUGAGUGCCCAGCGCAGCUUCGUUGAGAGCUGCGCCGCCUACUGCCUUGUCUCCUACCUCAUCCAGGUCAAGGACAGGCACAAUGGGAACAUCCUGCUGGAUGGGGAGGGGCACAUCAUCCACAUCGACUUUGGGUUCAUCCUGUCGUCAUCGCCCAAGAACCUCGGCUUCGAGAGCUCCCCGUUCAAGCUCACCCAGGAGUUUGUGGACGUUAUGGGCGGCCUGGACUCGAACAUGUUCAACUACUUCAAGAUCCUGAUUCUCCAGGGCCUGGUGGCUGCACGCAAGCACCACGAGCGCAUUGUCACGCUCGUUGAGAUCCUGCAGUCCAACGCCCGGCUGCCGUGCUUCCAGUGGCACGGAGCAAGCGCGGUGCGAGCCCUCCGCGAUCGCUUCCACAUGGGCUGCACUGACGAGCGGCUCCAGAUGCUCGUGGAUACCCUGGUCGAGAGCAGCAUGCACUCUCUCACUACCAGGCUCUAUGACAACUUCCAGUACUUCACCAACGGCAUCCUUUGAGGCAUCCGCGUGCCGCUGAAAAAAACCUUCUCACGCUUCACCAUGCCGCACGCUGUGGCAUCCAUCCGUUGCUCGAAAAGUCUGGAAGCCGAGAGAGUCAAUCGGCUCUCUCGGCCAGUGGGGAAGAUGACGGAAAUCGUUUUAUUUUCCUUUUUUUAGGCGUGCACGUGUCCUCUGGUACUCGAGGCUACCGCGAGCUUGUACAUAAGGCGCUCCUUUGGUUUUCUUUUGUCCGUCGCGGUGACUGCAGGUUCGGCCCUUGUCGCACCCGUUCUUCCUUUUUUUUUUUUUUUAACUCUUUUCUUAGAAAUGUGCCAGUUGUCUUUACAUUGUGUAUAUAUAUAUGUAUACAUAUUUCAUGUUUUAUACGAAUGUGGUGAGGUUUUUUUUCUUCUUUCUAGACUGGUGACUCGGCAUUUCCAAGCAGAGUUUGUGCUACGAUGUGAAACUGCAUGGUGCGUCUACUUCUUUUCUUUUUAAUCUCGCGACCUCGUGUUACGUUUUGAGUUAUUGGUUAGCAUGGGUUUUUUUUUUUAAGAGACGCAAAAGCUUAUGGGGUAGAAUUACGAACACUUGGAUGAGGCCUAAACACCUAUGUUAAUCAAUAGAAAACCUUUUUUCUUUUCUUUUUUUACAUUUUUUGAAUACUUUUUGUAGUACUGUCAUAUUUGCAAACUUGCCGUUUUAUGGCGCUCCGAAACAAGGCUGGGGCAUGGAACAGUGCUUUUCUUCAUCUCAGUUCCGAUUUGUCGGAGGUGUCGCAAAACGCGGCUUAAUCUACUACAUUCAGUUUCGCUUGUUUGCCUAUUGUACACUUGACGAUGACGUACAAUCGUGAUUGUGAGUCUUAACAAUGUUAGAUGAUGUCAUGCAGAUUGAUUGCACUAGUUAAAAAGAAAAAAGCUGUCCAAAUGGGGCUUGUUUGUGCAGUGGACUAUGCCAGACUCUCAAUCACCCCCAGACAGUAUGGAGUUGGUGGCAGUUUAGAGGACCAGCCCCAAUCCAGUAGAACCAAGAUGCUGCCAAGUCUUCAGCUCUUGGGCCCUGUACAUACUAAGACCAUUGUAUAGUUUCGUCGCAGAAGAAAAAAAAAUCCUCUUGAGCAUCGACUAAACAAUGCAGAACUCUGUGCGCCACUGCCUCGUAAAUACAGUUGCCUAAUUUUACACGAAUUGGCCGAAUUCACCAAAAUAAAACACUUCAUGUUAAAAAAAAAAAAAAAAAAAAAAAAAUCCUUAAUACUGAUAUGGUGGCAUGCCUUGUAGGCUAUCCAAUCAUCUUGGUUUUUGUUUUUGCUGCAUGCGCAUUUAUAACGUCCGAGGAGAGCCGUGUUUCCCAGGGUUGGCGUCCGAAACCAACCGAUUGCCACACCACCAAAUGCAUUUUCAUACACUAUGCGCUGGCUUGUUUGCCGUGCAACAAUCCGGGCCAAUUUCCACCCAUGCAGUUGCUGGUAGUGUGGCAGCGGAUAGCUACAUUGUGUACUGUAUAUAGCCUUUAUCUUGAAGGAUUGCUCAAAAGCCAGAGGUGUGGCGUAGCUGUAGCUGCAGAGACGGAAGGGUUGCAGGCGUCAUUUCGGCUUUCUCAUGAUUCGCUAGUUUUAUUGAUGGAGCUUUCUUAAUUUUUGUCCACUCAAAUUUUUUUUCUUUAUGGUUCGAUUUAGACGCACCGACAUCAAAAUGCAUACCAGCUGGUUUUUCACAGUACAGGCCCGUACAUAUGUAUAACAGUAUCGUGGCAUAUUGUAUGUAGCGAAUGAAGAGCCAUUGGUCUGUUUAGCUGUUCUUGGUACUACCUUGUUUCUUUUGUCAUUAACUCGCUGGUGCUGGUUUAUUUCUUCUACUCACACUUAUCGUUUCCAUGGAACACUUGACUUUGGGUCAGAAAUCCGUUUUCGUGAGUGAACAGACACUUUUGGUACUUUGCAGAUUAGAUGUGAUGUCGCAACAUAAUCCUUUCGGUUACGCCGAAAUGGUCAUUCCUCAUUUUGGUGGAAAGUAUGUGAUAAUGCACAUUUUGGGGGGAAGGAUAGAGCGUCGAGUCGGCGAGCCAUUGAGAAAAGGGAGUUUUUCUGCUCGACAGCCGUCGCUGCUAGAAAUCUUGCUUGAUCCUUUUCUCGGUUACGCGUGGUACGGCGACGAGACUGUUUGAGGUGCUCUGAACAGGUUCGCUGUGUAGUAUAGAGAAAGACAUAAAAACCCUGGUACCUGGUUUUGCUACCUAGACAAAACUCGUAAAGAUGCCUUAACCAGCAAGAGUAGCAAGCAUUGGCACUGUACAAUUGCGCUGCACAUCCUGUAGGUGUUUGCGUUUAAACCCGACCUCGAGUUACUUCCAGUGCCUACAGGAGCACACUUGUUUGAAAACUGACCUGGGACCUUUCUCGGUUUGUGGGUUCUUGUACAGCGUUUGUCUUGUUUUUUUGUGGGCCUUUGUUUCUUGGAACCCAUUGAAAUGUGUACAUAGGAUGUUUCUUCUAACUCGUGGCAUCCUGGUGUUCUUGUCACCUUGUAUGCAGGAUAAAAAAAAAAAAUUUAAACCCUCGAGAUUUAUUGUCACAAACUGUUUCCUUGUUCAAGCAACUUGGAGCUUUCUUUUCCUUGCACAUUGACCGUAACAUUUAAUCUGGAAAAUAAAGUGCAAUCGAGGCACGCGAAAUUUCACUCUGGAGAAGUGCAUAUAUGGUUUGGGUCUCGGCACGCUCCGAAACAUUGGUUUUUUUUGCGGAUGGUUCUAGUCUUGGUUCAAAGAAAGUUUUAAAAUAAUCAGUUAUAAUAAAGAAAAAAAAAUUCAGAAUGCAAGGUACCUAACCAUUCCUCCCAACUUGAUUACCGGGGACACGUGAGCAAAUCCAGGGGAGUGACAGUACUCCCCCUUGCAGAAACAUGUAAAUACUAAUGCUAUUUUUUCAUGCUUUUCUUCGUAACGUGUACAUAAACUAGCAAGCGUUUUUAUAGACAUGUUCCACUUGCCCGUAUACGAUAAAUCUUUUUGUAAAAGGAGACGGUUUCGGUACUAGCGACUGACAAAGGUCGUCAUGGCUGCAUGUAAAUUUCCCUUUUUUACGCUCGUGGUGUGCACGUGGAGCGAUGCCCUAGCGUUUUUAGGGGACCACCUAUUUGCUAAAUGUCCUGGCCAGCCUGCAAGCUUUGUAGGGAUGAAGUAUGUGUUUGAUGGGCAAGUUUCGAAGAUCGUCUCUCAGAGUCACUCACUGCUGCUGGAAUGGGGUACAAAGAUGCUGCUCUACUAUCAAUGCAAAACUAACACAACUUGAACGUGUUGCUAUGUAAACUGUAAUAUAAAGCCAUUAAAAAAAUACAAAACUUUUUCCUA